AUGGCGGUCGAAGUCGCCUCUGCGGUCGAUGCCCUUAGCGCUCCAUGGUGGCUUCCUUACUGCGCCAUGCUGGUCAUGCUCGAGUUUGCUCUCUUGGCCCUCUGGUUUCUGGUCUCUUCGGCCCAGAAGAUGUGGAGCAACAGCAGAAAGACGGAGGUGCAGCAGGAAAGCUUGGACACCGAGCCAGUGCCUGGCAGUGAGUCCGGGCACUUGCUCGUGGCCAACGCGGCACCUUGUGGCCCGCGGGGGAAAUGGGCACCUUCCUACUCCACAGAGCCCACGGAGUUCGACAGCGGCAUCUGCCACGGAUCCUGGCUUUGCAUUCACAAGCCGACAGCAGACGCUGAGCGAAUGAAGGCAGGAGACUAUCCGUUUGCUGAUCACCUGCAUACCAGGAAGCGCCUCUGGGAGUUCCGGUUGCAGCUGAAGUUCCGAGAGUCAGUUCCGGCUGGGAACGUCUUCUUCGGCUGUGAGCAGGAUCGCUAUUAUCAUGUCGGCACAAUUGAGCGCUACAUCUCCUCUUCGGUUAUUGCGCUGUUGAGGAAAGCUUCUGGCGAUGCCAUGUACCAGACGCAUGGUGACGACCCCAAGUCUGUCCAGGGCGAAGCUGAGCGGCCGACCAUUGCCUUUCCGCUCUGGGUCAUGGACCAACUGAUCAUCACCGAGGAAGGCGACGAGCCACCCACCCUCAAUUUUUUAGACCCCGGCUUCCGGAACGGGCCGCCAGGGCGCGCACAGGAGUUUGGGAGCUACUGCCCUCUUCGCAAAAUGUCAGCUGCCAAGGGCAAGGUCGCUAAGGUCGCUACCGUGGAAGGGAAGGUCCAGAAGAUGAAGCUGAUGGAAUUAGUCCAGCGAACCAUCAUGUGCAAGUUCUUUCGCGCAGGUCUUUGCAAGAGAGGCUCCGGCUGUACCUUCGCUCACGACGAAGCGGAGUUGCUGUCGGCUCCGGAUUUGUACAAGACGAGUCUUUGCUCAAAGUUCCAGCGGAGUCACUAUUGCAAGAAGGGCGACCGCUGCAGAUAUGCGCAUGGAACGGAAGAGCUUCGAGAGCUGCCGAGUAGAGCUUGGAUCGAUAAAUCACGUGGUUCGGCCAGCGCCUCCACGGCUUCCUUCGGCGAUGUCAGUGAGGAAGCUGAUUCUUCCUCCGACACAGAGCAGAUUUGCUUGCGCGUGAAGAACACCUUCCUAGAGUUCGGCUACAGCGAGAGCAGGCCGAUGAAGCGCACUGUAAGGCCGCCAGGCCCCAAUCUCGGUGCCUUCCUUAGCCGGGCAGGUAUUCCCCGGCCACUCUCCGGCGAUGCGACUCCGAGCCUUGAGACGCGAGUCCAGGACCCAGACUUCUCCUCCUACGGCACGAUUCGUGCUUUGGACCGGAAGCGCAUGCAGGAGGUGAUGCAGGGUCUGGACUUCCAGCCGGGCAAAACCUUCACCUUUGGCUUUUGGUGCAUUGCUCAGUUCGUCGAUGCAGUCGGCUGGCGAGUGCCAGCUCGGGGGGUGAUUCCGGAAGUGAAGCUCAACGAGAUCGGGACGCCGAUCUACAUCACCAUGUACCUGCUGUCGAAUCGGGACGAAUGGAACGCAGAGCUCCCAGCACUCCCGCCUGUGGCUUCGGUUGAUGACGAGCUUCGGGAAAAGAUGCAGAAGAACAACUGUGGAAGUUUACCAAAGACGUAG